UAAACCCCAUGAAUUGGGUUUUGGCGGCUCCCUCUUAUGUUUUUCAAGCUCUUUCUUCUCUUCUAAUUUCAUCUCUCUAGGGUUUUUUUCCUCUCUCUAAGUCAAGACCGUUAAUUUGGGCAUGGCAACCCUUUCUUCCUCCUCUGAUCGUAUCCUUUUUGGGUUUUCUCAUCUGGAAACUGCAGAUUUGCUGCAGAAUUUGUCGUUAGACUCUGAAAACAAGGCUACAAACUAUGCUAGCAAGGGCCAAUAUGUUGAUAAUGCUGCUCACAUGUACAGCUAUGGUUAUUCACCAUAUGGAAUAUAUCCCUCACCAGGUGAUGGUCAACUGCAAGGGCUCCAGCAAUACCACUAUCCAAGUCCUUUUUACCCACCUUAUGCUCCUCAAGGUGCAGGUUCAACUUCAGUGACGGCUGAAACAAAUAAAGGAAGCGUCAAUGCUGUAGCAAAAGAUUCCAGUGUUAGUGGGAAUAAUGGGUCAAAGCCACUGAGACCAAGUUACCAGAACUCAAAUUUAGAUCCAAAUGGUUCUUAUAGAGGGGGAGGCUUAUCAACAGCAGUUCCUUCAAGAUAUCAUGAUCCUAGAUAUAGUUUUGAUGGAAUUCAUUCCCUAACUGCUUGGUAUGAUUCCUCAGUAUUUUCUUCUGGUGGGCAGUCUGAACAUGCUGCCAAUGCUGGGUUUACUUCAUCUCAUUCCAACAAUUAUCCAUCUGGGAGGAAUCAGAAUCAUCAUUCUCAUCCACAUGUCACGAAUCUGCACCAUACAAGACCAACAUCUGGCUUUGGUGAAACUUAUGAUUAUGUGAAUCCGAUGUAUGCAAACAACACAAUGUAUGGCCAUUAUGGAAACGCAUAUAGGGCGGGCUCUGGUUUUGGAUCCUUUGGCUAUGAUUCAUGGAUGGGAGGGCAAGGAUGGUAUACUGUUGACAGUAAGUAUAAACCUAGGGGUCGUGUCUAUGGUGCAUCUGGCUCAGGCAAAGAAAAUGGGGAUGGUUUAAAUGAGAUGAAUAAGGGACCAAGGGCCAAGGGCUUUAAGAACCAAGAGGGGUUUGGUCCCAUUACACUAGCAGUUAAAGGACAGAACCUUACAUCCACUGAGAGCAAUGCAGAGGAUAAGUCGCCUCUUGUCGCAGACAAGAAGUACAAUGGAGAGGAUUUUCUUGUUGAGAGUUAUGUAAAUGCAAAAUUUUUUGUAAUAAAAUCUUACAGUGAGGAUGAUGUUCAUAAAAGUGUUAAGUAUAAUAUGUGGACCAGUACGCCUAAUGGCAAUAAGAAGCUUGAUGCGGCAUAUCGUGAAGCUAGGGAGAAGCCCAAUGACUGUCCUGUAUUCCUAUUAUUCUCUGUCAAUGCCAGUGGGCAGUUUGUUGGUUUAGCAGAGAUGACUGGUCCUGUUGACUUUGACAAAACUGUGGAGUACUGGCAACAGGAUAAGUGGAUUGGUUGCUUCCCUCUUAAGUGGCAUAUUAUUAAGGAUGUACCAAAUAGCUCACUGAGGCAUAUAACACUUGAAAACAAUGAAGAUAAGCCUGUAACUAAUAGUAGGGACACUCAAGAGGUUAAUUUUGAGCAAGGUAUUCAAAUUCUGAAAAUUUUCAAGUCUCAUUCUAGUAAGAGAUCCAUCCUGGAUGAUUUUGGGUUUUAUGAAUCUCGCGAGAAGAUUAUGCAAGAGAAAAAGGCCAAGCAAAUCCAGUUACCAAAACAGGUAAUAGAGGGAAAGCCUGGCAAAGUUUUUAGUGAUGACAAAGACAAAGAUGCAAAGAUAGGAAAAGAUAAUGAGAAAAAGUAUUUAGGCGAAGCAUUGAUAAAGGACAAAGUAAUUACAACAGCAACACCAGUGGAGGAAGCAAAUGGAGAGGUGAAUAAGUUAGAAGAGGCUGAAUCGGCUGCAGCAGUUGAAGAGACCGUCACCAAAGGUUCAAAAUCACCUGUUGUAUUGUCUGGCAAGACGGGUUCUUCAAACGGAGUAGCAAGUGCUUGCUAAUUGUUUCCCUGGACUGUUUUCUUUGAAUUAGAAUAGAAUCGAAGUUGGUUAAUUCCAUGACAUCAUUUACAAGUUAUCUAUUAUUCCGUUAAGGGUAGUAGGAAGAGAAGGCUUCUCAGCUUUCUUAUACAUGGUUAUUGUGAGGCAGAAAGACUGCUCUAAACCCUGAAGAUUACAUACUAUGUUUCUUUUCUGUUUGGAUGCCAUUUUUCUUGCUAUUUCAAUUGUUAAAUUUUAGUAUAAAUUCAUGUUUCCUUUACCAUUUUAAACCAUUUUCAUUUCUUCAGGUUCAUAUGUAAUUUUUUCACCUAGUUAUACUGAUUCCUGGAGGGGGUUUUAAUGAGAAGUUGGUUUGUACUAUCCUCAUAA